AUGGAGGAGGAAGAAUCUGAGUGGAUCCUUUCCCAGACUCGAGCUGGAGUGCAGUCUCAGGAUCCUAACGCAGACCUGCAGGCAGGUGUGCUGGAGAGCCAGGAGACCCCGCAGACGCUCAGGCUGAUGUUGGUGGGCAAGAGCGGAAGUGGGAAGAGUGCCACCGGCAACAGCAUCCUGGGCCGGACCCUGUUCGAGUCCAGAGUCAGCGCCCUGCCUCUGACACAGGACUUCCAGACGGGGAUGAGGGAGUGGGCCGGGAAGCAGCUGGAGGUGAUGGACACCCCUGAUCUCCUGAGUCCUUUGGACCUUCCCAUGGAGUCUGCCCAGUGCAUGUGCAAGGCGGUCACCUUGUCCUCCCCAGGGCCCCACGCGGUGCUGCUGGUAAUUCAGUUGGGCUGCUUCACAGAGCAGGAUCGCCAGGCGGCCCUGCGCCUCCAGCAGCUCUUCGGGCCGAGCGUGCUGGCACACACCGUCCUGGUGUUCACCCGCAAGGAAGACCUGGCUGGGGACUCCCUGGACGAGUACCUGCGAGGCUCUGACAACCAGUACCUGGACAGGCUUGAUGUGCUGUGCGGGCGGCGCCACUGCGGCUUCAAUAACAGGGCACAGGGGAGUGAGCGGGAGGACCAGCUCCGGGCGCUCAUGGAGCAGGUGGAGGUUGUGCUGUGGGAGAACGAGGGCUGGCACUACAGCAACAGUGCCUACCAGUACUGGCAGGAGAGGCCCCACGGGGAAGGGCCAGCGAGGCCAACUUUUCUGAGGCAAGGCUCCCAGGAGAAGUGGGAGGUGGAGGCUUGGCUAGAGGAGUUGUGCAGGGUCCAGAGGAAAUCUGAGGAAUCCCACAAACGUGUCCUAGGGAGAGCGCUCCUUUGAGGGAAGGCUGGCCUGUGACUGGGCACAGCUGUUUCCCGCCAGCCUCCUGUGGCCAGAGUCCAGCUUCUAGGCUUGCUCUCUCUAUUCCCAUGGAGCACUCACCCUCCCAGACUCAGGCCAUGGUGUCUGCUGUGGUUGGGGGCUGC